AUGGACAGGUCCAAUCAGACCUCCCCCCUGGUGGGGUUCAUUCUCCUGGGCCUCUCAGCCCACCCAAAGCUGGAGAAAAUGUUCUUUGUGCUCAUCCUGCUCACGUACCUGGUGAUCCUGCUGGGCAACGGGGUCCUCAUUGUGGUGACCAUCCUUGACUCCCGCCUGCACACGCCCAUGUACUUCUUCCUGGGGAACCUCUCCUUCCUGGACAUCUGCUACACAACCUCCUCAGUCCCUCUGGUCCUGGAUGGCUUCCUGACCCCCCAGAAGACCAUCUCCUUCUCAGCCUGUGCCAUACAGAUGUUCCUCUCCUUCUCCAUGGCGGGAACAGAGUGUGUGCUCCUGGGCAUGAUGGCGUUUGAUCGCUACGUGGCCAUCUGCAACCCUCUAAGGUACCCUGAGGUCAUGAGCAAGCCUGUCUAUGUGCCCAUGGCUGCUGGCUCCUGGGCAGCUGGAAGCACCAGUGUCGUUGUGCAGACAUCCCUAGCAAUUCAGCUGCCCUUCUGUGGGAACAACGUCAUUAACCACUUCACCUGUGAGAUCCUGGCUGUCCUCAAGUUGGCCUGUGCUGACAUCUCCAUCAAUAUAAUCAGUAUGGCGAUGGCCAAUGUGAUCCUCCUGGGCAUUCCAGUUCUGUUCAUCUUUUUCUCCUAUGUGUUCAUUAUUGCUACCAUUUUGAAGACCCCCUCAGCUGAGGGGAGGAAAAAGGCCUUCUCCACAUGCUCUGCCCACCUCACAGUGGUGUUCAUCUUCUACGGGACCAUCCUCUUCAUGUAUGGGAAGCCCAAAUCCAAGGACCCCCUGGGGGCAGACAAACAGAACCUUGCAGACAAGCUCAUCUCCCUCUUCUAUGGGGUGGUGACCCCUAUGCUCAACCCCAUCAUCUACAGCCUGAGGAAUAAGGAUGUGAAGGCUGCUGUGGGGAACCUAGUGACUGAGAAACGCUUCACCUGGUGA